ACAGCUGCUGGAAUUUAUAUCAUUCAUCUGAAACCACAUCAAAGCUGACACACUUUAUGAGCUCAUGAAGUUACUUCCUGCAGCACACUUUACUUUUGUGACUUCACUUCAUUGAGACCUUUUGAUUAGCUCCAGUUUUAUGGAAGCCACUUGCAGCAACAACAGAAGAGAGUUACUGCGUGCUCUUUUCCUUUCUGAGAGGAGCUCAUGUGUGCAGUAUUGUUUGUCUUGAUAUAACUCGUACAAUUCCGUUUGUGGCGUUUGUGUGUGUGAAGAGAUGGAACACAAUUUUGCUGAUCUACUCAGUGAUGCUUUUUCAGAAACAGCAGUCCCAUCAUUCUCUGAUGGAGAUUUGGACUUUGAGAACAUACUUUUUGAUGAUAAAUGUGAGAAAGACGAAACAGACAUCUGUGAAGAAAAAUUACUUGCAGAAGAAGAUGAGGCUCUGCAACAGGAAGCAACGGGUCAAACUGCAGUUGUGUCUUGCAUGCAAACUCAAGAUAUAUACGCAGAAGACAUUGAUGUUGAAAAGCAGUGUGAUAAUACAAGCGAUAAUGAGGAUUUCGAGGGUGUAGGGGUUAGGAGCAGUGCAAAAAUACUUGAGGAAGAUUAUACAAGCUCCGAGUCUGAACAGGAAGGAUCCAUUUCUCGGCAAGAUGAAGAGGGUGAGGCAGGGGAUAUUGGAACAGGAUCACAACCACAGUAUUUUUUGAGGUCUGUUCGCUGCAGUGAUGAGUUUUGUGUUGGUAAUAAAGAGGACAGGGUCUUUGCUGAGGGACAACCUCUGGCCCUGGAGGGUGCUGAAAACCCUAAAGUUAGAAAAGAGGAGCAAGGUGAGGGUGAGAGUGAUGAGGAGGUGUCCUAUUUUGAGAGAGUCCCUGAACGUAGCAAUGAGAUGAUGUUAAGAGGUGAGGGGAUGAGAGAGGAGGAUGAGCAAGAAAGGGUAGAAGAAACGGAAGAGGACUUGUGUGACUGUGAGUGUGAGGGCAUGACAAUUGAACAAGAAGAAAAUAUUCUGUGCUUUGAACAGGAGUUUGAAAAUCCUUGCAGAGAUCAAUCAGCAAAAGCCAGUUUGGAGUUUCCAGCAAUAUCCGGUCAAAAUCUUAAGGAUCUUAUUGCUGAAGUUAAUGUUGAUGAAUAUGGAGAGAAAAUGAAGGAAUUCUCAGGGGAGGAGCAUCAAGACGCAGGUGAGGGCUUUGCAGAUUAUCCCUCAGACUUUUCUUCAUGUGAAUAUGUAGAAGAUGAAGGAAAAAGGCAAGAGUCAAAUGCCUUGGCUUGUGAAUCCGACAGUGAAUCGACUGAAAAGCAAAAAAACAGCCUGUUAAAGAAUGUGACAGAUGUAAUAGGUAUGGGAAAAGCUGAAGACACUGAUGAGGAGGGAUGCAGGUAUCUGUACAGCAGAGAUUCAGAGGUGUAUGAGUGCAGAAGGUUGGAUGUAGCAAUUGAAGAAAAAGAGGUUGAGGAGAAUAUGUGGGUUGAUGCAGCAGUAUCAGAGGUAGAUGAUGAAGGUGAGACAGGUGAGAAUGAUUCCUACACCUCCAGCGAUGAUUAUGUCCAAGAAAAGAGGAGCGAUGAGGAACUCUUUGACAUUACGCAUCUACAAGAGCUUGAAAGCAUCAAGAAACUGGAGUUGACACAAGAUGGGGACAGUGAGGCGUCUUCUGAUGAGUACAAUAGAGAGGAAUCAGCUGAUUUCAACAUAAAUUGGAAUAUAGACGUGUUAACAGCUCAUCUUUCUGAAGAUCUGUUAACCACAGAGGAUAUAGACGAAGUGAAAACCCCAUAUUCAGAUGUGAUUCAGCAUCCUGCAGCAAAAGACAUCAACAGUGACUCUCUGUACCACAGCUCAGUGGUACAGGGAGGGAAUACAAAACAAACAACAAGCCCCUCUAACCGGGGAUCGCUGGAUGAUGACUUCUUCUUCAACACUGAAGCCAUAGCCUCUGAGAUCACCGAGCCUGGACAGUUAGGAGAAGAUGAGUAUGAAGAGGAAAGGUACUGGGAUGAGCAGGAGAGAAUCAAGGCUUUCAACGAGUUUUAUGAUGUCAGCGAUGAAGAUACUGGAAGAACUGGGAGGCAGAUAAAAGUUCAGUUUUGUGCAAAUCCAUUGUCUCAAGUCAUUCACUAUGAAACUGACGAGUGCAGUGACAGAGAUUCAGCCAGCAGCUCCACAGAAGGGGAGGAGGACCUGAGUUCUGCAGAAACAUCUGAGGUUUGCGUGCAGACUCAAGAAUUCAGGGAGCCUGACGUCAGCAGGGAAAUGACUCCAGCCUGUGAUGCCUUAAACACUCAGCCACCAGAGACCAUGCCUGAUAUCAGCGACACACACAUUUGUACCAGGAAACAAAAAUGUUUCAACGUGCUGAAGCUGACGCUGAAGAUGUGUGUGGUGAUACUGACAGGACUGUUGAUGUUCUGGUUUGCCUCUGACCAAGCAGGCUGGUUCAACCACGUGUCCUUCUUUUAGGUUAAAACCAAGUUUAAAUCUCAUUGAUAUUUGAGAUGAAGGAAAAACCCAAAAUGACAUGUAAAAGCUGUCUAUUGAUAAACAUUUAAACCUGUGUUUUGUAUAUUAUAACAUGCUAUUUUCUGCUAAAUAAAGAUGUAUCUAUGCUUA